AUUCCCAAGUAAGGGUGCAUAGGAUUGCAGCCUAAGCUUUAAAAGGGGUUUGCAUGCAUGCAAUACUGUCAACUUAGCAUUUUUAGAUUAUAGCAUUGCUGGUGGGAGAUGAGAGUCCCAACAACAUCUCAGGGGUACCAGGUUGGCAAAGGUUGCUUCAGGGAGCCUUCUAGCCUUUGCCACUGCUUCGUUCUGUGGGCUUGGUCAAGCUACAAUCUCUUGUCUCUUAGAUAAGACCAAAGGGAGUGUUUGUGUAACCUUAGGAGCACUCUUAAGAAUCUUUUUAACAAACAAGGGCAUAGUAACGAAUGUGGGUUGUGCUGCAUUUUAUCACUUUUGUGUGCUGCUUGAGUUCCUUUUUCUCGGGCUUGGCCUUUAGCCCUGCGAGAUGUGGAAAAACCGGUUUUUAUGUUUAAUCGCUGCACUUCCCUUAAUACCCACAGGCACAGCGUCCUUUGCCGCUGCUGUUGCUGCCUCCGCCUGCAGCUAACACCUCAGCCUCGGCUCCUUUCCCUUGCAAGCAUUUUCUUACCACUCCAGCUGCCUCACACAGAGGCAGCUGUGUCUCUGCCGCUCCCUCCCUUAAAAGAGGAAAAAAAACACCCUCUAAAAGUUCUCCAAAUUUACCUCUUGUGCAAGGUGGACGUGUGAUCACAGGUACCAAGGAGGCAAAUUUCCGCUCCGCCCCGGAGGGUUCUGAGGCAUUCCAGAGAUGAUGGCUACAGAAGAUGGCAGGAAUGUGAACACCCUCAAGGAAGUGUGGAGCAGAGAAGAGAAUGCCUUGUGUGCAGAUUGCGGGGAACCUGACCCUGACUGGGCCUCCUAUACUUUGGGAGUCUUCCUCUGCUUAAACUGCUCAGGGAUUCAUCGCAACAUCUCUGACAUCAGCAAAGUCAAGUCACUAAGGAUGGACCACUGGGAUGAAGGUCAAGUGCAGUUUUUGAUGCAGCACGGGAAUGCAGUGGCCAAGGCAACGUAUGAGGCCCAUGUUCCUAUGUACUAUUACCGCCCAGUCCAUACUGAUUGCCAAGUCCUGAGAGAGCAGUGGGUACGAGCCAAAUAUGAACGGAAAGAAUUCACGGAGCCAGGAAAACAUCCGCCGUAUUCCAAUGGAUUGAAGGAAGGGAUCCUGUGGAAGCGAGGCAGAGACAACGGGCAGUAUCUUCCGCGCAGGUUUCUGCUGUCCGAGAGAGAGGGCUGUCUCAAGUAUUUUGUCAAACAGGAUGCCAAAGAACCAAAAGUAGUUGUUAAAAUUGACACUGUCAAUGCCACGUUCCAGCCAGAGAAGACAGGGAACCCAAAUGGCCUGCAGAUCACCUACCUGAAAGAGAACAAGACUCGCAACAUCUUCCUUUAUCACGAGGAUGGCAAGGAAAUUGUGGACUGGUUCAAUGCAAUCCGCGCAGUACAAUUCCACUAUUUGAAGGUGGCCUUUCCUGUUGCCAGUGAUCAAGAGCUCAAAAGCCGGCUGACUCGGAAUUUCCUGAAAGAAGGCUACAUGGAGAAGACUGGGCCCAGGCAAAAGGAGUCUUUCAAGAAGCGCUGGUUCACUCUGGACCACCGAAGGCUGAUGUACUUCAAGGAUCCUAUGGAUGCUUUUGCGAAAGGUGAAGUGUUCGUAGGUAGUGAUGGGCAUGGAUAUGGUGUCCGGCAAGGGCUGCCAACCGGCACGCAGGGCACCUUCACCUGGCCGUACGGCAUCACCAUUAUCACACCUGACCGGGAGUACCUCUUCACCUGUGAGACUGAGAGGGAGCAGCAAGAGUGGAUUGCAGCCUUCAGGCACGUUAUAGAGCAGCCCAUGACACCCCAGGAAUAUGCAAUUGAAGCUUAUUUCAAGCUGAAGCCCUAACAUCUUUGAAGGUGAGAGACUUGCUGCUUCUCUACUUGUUGGUCUGCCCUCUUGGGAAACACAGGGUUAAAGAACGCAUCCUUUCUCAAAGAAGCUGCUUUGCUAUAUUCCAGCGCCUCGUGGUUGGGCUCCAUUUGGACAGCAGAGCUUUCUGCCAUUUUGAUCAGCAACGGAUCCAGAGGGAAAGCGCAGGGGCUGAUCAAUUGAGGCAUCGUUUGUCCUGUCCCACCAUAGGCUUGGCAGGCUUGCUUUCUAUUGGUCAUGCUAUAUGCAGGGGCCCUCCUCUGUGGCUUACUACUGCUUGCUAUUGGUUGGCUGCUGUCUAUUCAAGGCUUCAACAGGAAGACAGAAAAAAAAACCCACUCAUCAAAACAGCUGUGUGUAUAUGUACCAAACUGAUGAGUAUUUUAUUUUGCUCCUGCUUCUACUGUUGCCCCAUGUCUCUCACUCUCUGGUUAUUCUGAUGUCCUAGCUGCCAGGCUUCCCCACUUUGCUAUCUAUUCAAAGCCAUGAUAAACCUGCCAUCUUUCUCUUGACUUCAAGUUCCCUGCAGCAGCGCUUGUCUUUUGAGUUCAUACUGUUGCCUCCAGUAGAAAAACGAGGACUGUCAUGAGUACAGAGACUGUUCUGGGUGGUCCAGUCAUGCAUGCCUCCCUCUUAAAACUGGCCAAGAAACACACACACACACACACACACACACACACACACACACACACAACUUAUCUCCCCAAAGCAUCAGACCAGCCAAAUAAUUUCAGGCAGAUUGGUCAAAGGGUAUCAGUUUUUUAUAAGGCAUAUCCUCCAAGGUAUUCCUAGUUUUCAGUGGAGAACCACCUAUUCCUCUGCUUGUAACUUGGCAUGAUAAUUUUGGUGUACCUUUUUUAAUAGACCCCAUUUUAUACCUGACAGAUGCAUUGAUCUCUCUGCCUCUUGUCCUCUCCACAUCAACUUUCUGUGACCUGUAUAAGCUGCUCCAGACUAUUUCUAUUUCUUCAUCCCAGCGGAAAUGAGUGAAAAAUAAUCAAAUGAAAUAUGUU